CACCGUCGGAUCCACUUGUUUGGUUGAGCAGGUACGAAGUCACCGCGGAGAGGUCGCUUUGCGACCAAAUAAACUGGGAUACAAAGUGCUUCUGCAAGAAGGCAUAUGCUAGGGAGCACUAUUUCAGGCCUUUGGUUUGCGGAGAGAAACCUGUACCAGAGUCCGAAAGACCACCAUCACAACGUGGGGGAAAAUCGAGAAAGGCUCGAGUUGAUUCAGCCGCCAAGGGCCCUCGUGUGAGCAAGUCGAAAAAGGCUCGAGUAGAUUCAGCCACCGAGGGACCUCAACCUGUUGACGCAAACAGCCAUUCGUUAGACGGCACUACAGCGCACAUAACACAUCCUGCAGGCCCGACAACCUCAACUGUGGCAGCAUCGCAAGAGGUCUUACCCUCCUUCUAUGAAGAUCUUGGUGAUCUAUCCGGGUUUUCUGAUCUUUUGAACGAACUUUCGUUUGUCCAGCCAAAUGAAUACGGUUUGCCACAGUUUCCAACAUGGGACGACUGCUUCUACUCUUCCCCUUAUCCUUCUUUGGGGCCAGAACAAUGUCAAGCAUCUCAUGGCCCUUACGCAUCUCAGCCAACCGAACACACAGGUCAGUAUUCAGGAGAUCCAUAUUCGACCUAUGAACAGCAGCAGUGUGGCUCAUCGACAAGUUGCAAUCCAGCGCAGUCUGGGCCUUUCAAGAAACGCGAAGAAACAAGGCGCGACGAAGGUGAUGCUGGCAGUAGGUGUGCUCCUGCUUCCGGCGCUGGCCAUGAAAAGCGCCCUGCUCCUUUCAUCUGAUGACAUUAUUCGAGUCAUACUUGAUGUUUUUCUGUCCUUUGCGACUCAGCCGAGUGGUGAUGUACGCAGCAAUUCUGAAAACUAUGUUUGUAGUUGCAAUUUGAUAGAAAUUUAAAGCUUCAGCC